AACCUGAUACCCCCGGGCCCAUAUCACCGACAAAAUGCAUUUCUCGCUCUUGAUAUUUUUGUGGGUGUUCUAUCUUUUUUUGUAAUGGACUACUUCAUAGUGAUCAAAAGAAUCUCUUGUGAAGAGUACGGUAUCCUGGAUGGCAAGGUAGAAGGGCUACACACACGUCAUGAUUUCAACGAUAACAGAUUCGUACCAUUCAGGGAAAAGUAAAAACAGAUAGCUGAAAACACCACAGUAUACACGUUUUCCUUUGAGAUGACGUGCAACUUAUUUUCUGUUUCUAUGAUUCUCUUUAUGAUUCUAACCGAUCUAAAUGUUUUAUGAUUAUUUUUCACAAUAAACAUUCAACCACAUUGUUUUCCAAAAGAAAGUUCAAUCUCACCUAUAUUCCAUAGUAUUAAGCAUACAUCAUAUAUACACCGUACCUUUUUCAUCAUGGUGAGAAAUUAUAGUAUUAUCUGGCUUAUUUGACAUUUCAUAAAUUUGGUAUGCGACUUUUGUUUCAUGCUUGAAAUUUCUCUUAUAUUAAGGUUUGAAAGGCUUGCUUUAAUUAUGAACAUAUUCAACUUUUGCAUGAUUUGCUAGAAGAACAACGCAAAGUCAAACUGAACCGAAACUUAUCUUGUAUAAAUCAAACAUCAAUUGUAGAUUUGGAAAUUUUGGUCUGUUGUCAUGCUGAUUGUACAUUUAGGAACAUAAUCUUAUGCUUUUCCUUAUAUAAGGUUUGCUUAUCACUACACUACCCCUUGCACUUAGUACACUACGACAAAACAAGCAAUCGCUGGCGGUCAAUUUCAUUUUUCGCAAGAGAUUAGAGCAACCACUAGUAACGAUAAAUUUUCACUACUGGCUGCACAAACCGCACGUGAAUUGAAUUUUACAUGCUGGUCUCUUAAGUAGAACACCUAUGAAAAAUCGAUUUUCACAUGUGACCAUGUUAAGAAGACCGCCUGCUGUGAUUAUUUUAGGCGAAAAAUCAUAAAAAUUUUAGAAAAUAGGCACCUGGAGCCGCUGUCGGAGCCACCCCUCAACUGCUUCCGUCGCCACCACCCGCCGACCAGAUCGAGUAGAGGGAGGAGGACGUAAACAUCAUGAAAAGUAUGGGUUUCGAUGCGUACCGCUUCUCAAUCUCAUGGUCAAGAAUAUUCCCAACUGGAACUGGGAAAGUAAAUUGGAAAGGUGUGGCAUACUAUAACAGAUUGAUAAACUAUAUGCUGAAGAUAGGCAUUACACCUUAUGCCAAUUUGUAUCACUAUGACUUACCAGAGGCACUAGAGGUGCAAUAUGGAGGACUGUUGAACAGAAAAAUAGUGGAAGCAUUCGCAGACUACGCUGAGUUUUGCUUCAAGACAUUUGGCGACAGAGUGAAGAACUGGAUGACAUUUAACGAACCGAGAGUUGUUGCCGCUCUAGGAUACGAUGAUGGAAAUUUUGCUCCAGGAAGGUGCACAAAAUGCACGGCUGGAAACUCUGCCACCGAGCCUUACAUUGUUGCCCAUCACCUCAUUCUUUCCCAUGCUUCUGCUGUUCAGAGAUACCGGCACAAGUAUCAGCAUAUACAAAAGGGGAAGAUUGGAAUUCUUCUGGAUUUUGUCUGGUAUGAAGGUCUUACCAAUUCAACGGCAGACCAAGCUGCGGCUCAAAGAUCAAGAGACUUCCACGUUGGAUGGUUUCUUCACCCAAUCAUCUAUGGUGAAUACCCUAAAUCGCUGCAAGUGAUUGUCAAAGAACGGCUUCCGAAGUUCACGGCCGAUGAGGUCCACAUGGUGAAGGGAUCAAUCGACUAUGUUGGCAUUAAUCAGUAUACUGCUUAUUAUGUCCGUGAUCAGCAGCCGAACGCCACGACUCUCCCUAGUUACUCGUCUGACUGGCAUGCUGCACCUAUUUAUGAACGCGAUGGCGUGCCAAUUGGACCAAGGGCGAAUUCUGACUGGCUUUACAUUGUACCGUGGGGUUUGUACAAAGCUGUCACCUAUGUCAAGGAGAAGUAUGGUAACCCCACAAUGUUUCUAUCUGAAAAUGGCAUGGAUGAUCCUGGCAAUGUGACCAUUGCUCAGGGGGUGCAUGACACCACGAGGGUCGCCUACUACAGGAGCUACAUCACCAAGCUGAAGGAGGCGAUCGACGACGGCGCCAACUGCAUAGGCUACUUCGCCUGGUCCCUGCUGGAUAACUUCGAGUGGAAACUCGGGUACACGUCGAGGUUCGGCCUGGUGUACGUGGAUUUCAGGACCCUCAGGAGGUACCCCAAGAUGUCGGCCUACUGGUUCAGGGACCUUGUCAGCAGCAAAAACUGAGCUGGGCUUUCAACCUUGAUAUAACCACCUUUUCGUUUGCAAAAAUGCACAAAUAAGAAGGUGGGCCAAAUGAGUAGCUAAUAAAUACAAGUAGGGUUCUUAACAAUCUUGAAUGAUGUCAUGAAAAUAGUUUGAAUGGUUCAUGGGGAGAUACCAAUUAAAGAUUGAUGGAGUGGAGUAAUAAGGGUAGUCUCAA